AUGAACGGGACAGUAAUGGUUAAAAACUUUACCGAAAGUGAAGACAACGUCAAGCUUGUUAAUCUACCCCACGGCUGGACUAUUCUCAUUAUGAUCAUAAUGAUCUUUGUUCUUGCUUUGACAAUGAUCGGAAAUAUUACUGUUAUGAUUGUACUUCGUUACUCAAGGGCUCUCAACUCCAUCGUCAACUCUCACCUUUUGUUUUCUCUGUCGAUUGCGGAUCUACUUGUGGCCAUACUUGUAAUGCCGUGCGCUGUGGAUGCUGUUCACAGCGGUUGGUGGAGAUGUGGAAAGAUAUGGGGCGUUUGUAAUGGGUUUUCAACCUUUCUCUUUUGCAUUUCGUCUAUAAUGCACCUGAUGAUGCUUUCCAUUGAUCGAUACCUGGCAGUCGCUCGUCCACUGUUUUAUCCGCUUGAGAUGACAAAGUCGCGCGCCAUUUGCUUGUGUUUUGUCUUGUGGGGAUACUCUGCCGUUUGGGCAUUCCUGCCCUUAUUUGGAGUGAGCUCAUACGAGUGCUUUGUUACCUAUAUUGGGACAUGUAAGGUAGAAGAUUGGUCCAGGUAUGGAUUAAACUUUGCUUUCGCAAUUUCCGUUGUUUCAGGAACGUAUGGAGUAGCUUUGAUGACGAUGGUAUACGUGUAUUGGAAGAUUGCGCGGGUAAUCCGAAGUCAACUUCAACGCAUUGAGGAUGUUACACCUAGCACCCAAAGGCAGCCGGUAAACAAUAGAGAGUCGAGGAAAUUAAAACGAAAUAAGGGAUUGGCCACAUUGAUAAUAGUAACUUUAGUGUACCUCAUAUGCUGGUCUCCAUUUUGUAUCUUACUCUUCGUUGAGAUCGGAACAGGGCAAAAAGUUGAAGGACCGUAUGGCGCCCUAGCUAUGCUUGUAGGCUUUAUGAACAGUUGCUGUAAUCCUAUCAUCUACUCUAUAAAAUACAGGAGAUUUAGAAGGGCUGUGUUUAGCAUGCUUGGCAAGACUACCUUAGUGAUGAAAUUUUCAAUUAGUAAUGCUGGAAUGGCGUCCAUGGCACUGGAGAACAACGCCAGGCGAGUUGAAACCAUAAGAAGAAAAGAUUCGAGCUUAUAAAAAAAAAUAUGAACAGAUGAAAUAAAUAAUGACAACAAUACAAAGAAUUACAGCUAGAUAAAUAUCAAGGAUAACCCUCUGAUGGUAACAGUUUUCAUCAGUGUCGA